GUCGUUCAAUCUCGUCAUUCCGAAGUUCGGUGGUUAAUCGCAUCUGCGUUACUUUUGUGUGACAUGGUGACGCUGGAAUGAUCGAUUCGCACAUCUUGAUCUCAACCGGGAGAAGUGCAUAAAAGAGCAGCAUUCUUCCCAUUUUACAUCCCGAGUGCAAGUCCGAUAACGGGCCUUCCGGUUUGAGCCUGACGUGUAUGGUUUGAUCCGACUGUCAACAAAGUCAACAAAAUCUGAUACUGGGAUUUCGCUCUCACAAUGCCGUUCAUUCAGAACGAAUUUGGUUCGCCCGUCAACACAGAAAAGUCCGUCGUGGCCUUCGAACAACUCGUCGAGGACCUAAGUGCUGCUCUCGGGCCCAGCUCAGGUCUUGACUCUGAUGAUGUUGAUCCCAUGAAUAUCCAACUUUUGAUGGAGCGAUACAUCUCGAACCAGGAAGAAUGGGGUCCAUAUGCUCUGGGUGAUGCCAGCCGGGGUUAUACCAGAAAUCUCAUCGAUGAGGGGAAUGGCAAGAGCAACUUGUUGAUUCUUGUCUGGAGUCCCGGGAAGAGUAGUGCAAUUCAUGACCAUGCAAAUGCACACUGUGUGAUGAAGAUACUUAAGGGAAAGCUCAGAGAGACCCUCUACUCUUGGCCAGAUAAGAAGAAGAUCGAGCAAGGAGAGACAUCACCACCUCAGAUUACUCGGGAAACCACCUACGAAGAAAACCAGGUGACUUACAUGUCGGACAAGCUUGGUCUUCACAGGAUUUCCAAUCCCGACCCAGACGACUUUGCCAUUUCACUGCAUCUCUACACACCCCCUAAUGCUGCCAAUUACGGUUUCUGUCUCUUUGACGAGAAAACUGGCAAGUCUAUUCACAUCAAACAAACAAACUUUUACUCUGUCCGUGGCAAACGGCUCAACGACGGACAUGAGUAAGAUACAGUCCCGUUUACCAAGAUGGGCAGAACUCCCUUGUGAACAGAGAAGGUCUGAAGAUUGUGUCUCUCCACUCCUACCACUUCCCCUCGGAUAUCCUUACAUUUGCUUUUGCCAUUGUCCUAGACAGCGUCCUUGGUGGAGAGCUUCUGGCACGCUCAAUGUUUUGAGCGUCUUCCCUAGAUCAUCAUGGGGUUCGAUUCUGCGAUUGUACAUGGCCCCCUUUCCUGUCAUUUGUGGAUUCCACAUCCUUAGUGAACCGCACAUCAGCAUAGCCAUUAUUAAUGAUUGAAUGACAAUUAUCCAUUGAUCAA